AUGGGAGACAUUCGUCUUGGGACAUGUAUACGAAGAGAAGCAUUUCCUCAAGAACAACAGAUGAAAGGAGGAAAUACUGAGAAGGAACUAGAUGCCAAUCUGUUAACAAUUGUGGUUCUGUCACGAGGUCGUUGUGAGCUCUCAAACUGCAUCACUCGAUACCUGAUCGCAAUGGCAGCAGCGGAUUUAUCUGUCUUGAUAUUCGAAGUACUGCUCUACGAGAUUAAAGAUGCUUAUUUUCCGUAUUCCUUUCUCAACUACACCCCCGUUUGUUCUCUUAAUCUGGCUCUACUUUUUGCUUCUGUUGAUUGUUCUGUCUGGUUAACUGUGGCAAUCACUUUCGAUCGAUUUGUGGCCAUUUGUUGUCAGAAACUACGAAGAAGCUACUGCAACACUAAAACUGCCUCUGUGACCAUAGGCUUUGUCUGUACCCUGAGUGUCUUGGAAAGUAUUCCAAUCUACUUUGUCUACGAGCCUCGAGAAAUUAUUGACAAUCUCCCGUGGUCAUGCUAUGUAAAAGCAAGCUUCUAUGCUUUACCCGUGUGGAGCGCAUUUUUGUGGCUGGAAUCUGUUUUAACCCCAUUUGCACCAUUUCUUUUGAUUUUACUCUUCAACAUACUGACUAUAAGAUGCAUUCUGCAGGCUAAUAGAUUGCGAAAGAGACUGCGAGGAAACAACGACAGUGAAAACGACGGUGAUACAGAAAAGGAAAACCGCAGAAAAUCAAUAUUUUUGUUGUUAGCCGUCUCUGGCAGUUUCAUACUUCUGUGGUCUGUAACAUUUAUAUCAAACAUAUGUGUACAAUUCACCGAUGCAACAUUUUUAGAAGCAAAUUACAAUGACUUUUUUACCAUUCUCGAACAAACUGGAUAUAUCCUUCGGACACUGAGUUGCUGCACAAACACAUUCAUUUAUGCAAUUUCACAGAGGAAAUUCAGAGAGGAAUUUAAGAGUAUAAUUAAGCCUCCUUUUGAGUCUAACAGUGCGUUGAGUUUCACUAUUUAG